GAUUUUAUUCAUUCAUUCACUGCGUAACGCGUUGUUUUAAUGGUAGUAUUCACGGUACAUAAAUUUUAACAAAAUAAAAGAGCUUGUUGUUUGCAGGUCUAAUUGUGUGUAUUAAUUCGUUUGUUCGUAUUUCUCUUUAAUUUGUUUAUUACUAAAUAUUGUAACCCAACAUUUAAUUUAUCAAAUAUGCCCAAAAAGCUUAAAGUUGUAGUAAAAUCAUUGUAUUCACAUGAAAUACGCAAAGAUGUAAGUUUGGAUAAUCUUAAAUCUCUGAGACUCGAAGAAGCCUGGCCAUUUAUUAGAGACGAAAUUGAAGUAGAAAUAGGAAGUAGUAAGCUGAUUUGUAUUCCGCAUAUAACAGAAGCAGUAUUAUAUGAAACGACAUCUUUGUUUGUACAAAAUGAAAAAGAAAUAAAUAGUAAAGUGUUCACACCACUGGGGCAACUAAUUAAACAUGUUAAUACGGAGAAAUCAAAUAAAGACUACUUGAAAUGGCUGGAAGAAGGCGAUUUUAACGAUCCAGACUUUAAAUUUCCACACGAGAGCGUCAAGAUAACAUUGCAAGAUGAGACGAACAAAAAUAAAGUGAGAGUGAUUAUGGUAAACUUCACACAUACUUCAAUCCCAACAAUAAGAGAGUUGGUCAAUAAUAUAUAUUUGGAUGUGGAGAACAAUAAAGACUUGAAAGGUAAGAAGUCAGUUUACAUGGUCACAGAUGUACUCAUGGCCAAAACUAUAGAGUUCAGAGUUACACGAGGCACUUCCUCUAGAAUAUUCCACCUUGGAAAUGCAUCACCAUUAGUUUUUCGUCUGGAAGAGUUUAUGAUUGGAGAUGAUGGAAAACUUAUUUCAAAGGAACCAGUGGCGACAAUGUCUAAGUCUCUCAACUGGAAGAAAGUGGACCCUUCUGACCAGCUUUACAAUCCAGAUAAAGAAACCGCCUGCAACGCUUAAAUUACAACUAAGUAUUUUAAGAAACAAAAUGUCAAUAAAUAUUUAUUGACAUUUAAGAAACUACAUCUAUCUAGAUUACAAUAUAUUGUAGCUAUUUUUUAAAAACGCAGCUCAGGAUAUGCUGUUUUUUAAUAUAAGUUUAUAAACGCAUUAAGAGGUUUUCAGUAGAUCACCGUUUAAUAGAAUCAGUAAAGCGCGAAAGUAUAUUUGGAGCAAUAGGCUCGUUAUUACUAUCAGAAAACAUAUGAUGAUUUAUACAUUCAGUAUAUGACCAAUUCUAUAAUGAUUUUAAUUUUUUUAUUUUUCCUUUUUAUGUGAGAAAUUUUGUCGUUAUGUCUCAUAUUGAGUAUGUUUGUGUUUUACUAUGAAUAUAGUGAUUGGAUUUCAAAUAAUAAUUUAUGUAAAUUUGACUUUUGUGUAAUACAUGAAUUUUUACAUAUAUUAUACGGCCCUAAUUGUGUUAAUAUGUAAAUUAUAUCCAGUUAAUUUGCCUCUGUUUUGAGAUCACAAAUGAGAAUUGUUAUGUUUCUUUUUAAUGAACCGUGUAUAUAGUGAAACCUCUUAAAUUAUCUGUAUGCCCCCUUCAAAAUUUCCUUUCCCAGGCAUUUAG